AUGAAAUUCACCGUCUCUCGACCUCCAGGCUAUGUCCUGUCAGCCAUCGCCAUUUCGCUCGGAGGCUUCUUGAACGGUGUCGGUGCUGUGACUGAGAUGCCUUUCUUUGCAUCCAGCAUUGGCGAACUCACAUCCUUCCUUCGCGGAUUUACUGUCUCGUUGAUCAUGCUCACUGGUGCCUUUCCUUCGUUCUUUGCCGGACAACUUGCCGAUCGCUUUGGAAGAUUGGCAAUUGUUGCAGUAGGUGCGCUGGUGUUUGCAAUCGGUGCUGCGUUGGAAGGAGGUGCCAACAAACUCGGCAUGUUCCUUGCGGGCAGAGCACUAUGUGGUAUAGGCGAAGGCUUAUGGCUGAGCAACGUCACAGUGUGA